GCAUGACGUCUAGCAGCGUUGACAUUGCGUACGUGUGAAUCGGAUGCCUGUAUAUGGAGUAGUCAUGGACAGGAGUGACUUGAUCCUAACGGUAUUCCUAAGGCUGCGCUUAAGCUUUUACACAUGGUGCAUAAAUAAGAAGUCAUCUCUGAAACAGGACUUGCACUCGAUAUCGCAGAAGGAGCAAGGUGCGCAAAGUUGAAUGUCAAGUUGACGCUGCCUGGACACUUGCGUGAUGAUGCCACGAGACAACAUGACUUCCACUGUCCAGAAUAUCGCCAGACAGGCCCUCGCGACGUUCCGAAACCCCUCGGUUGUCGGAGAUCACAAUAAAGUGUUUUUGGAAAAUCUGAGUAAGCUGAAAAGCCUUAUGGCGGAGGUCAGAGCGGCGGACUUGAAGAUCGCACCCCGGACCACCGAGAGCGCCCCGGUGCCGUCUCAGCGCGCCGCGCCUCCCGUUACAUACAUGCACAUCCACGAGACCGACACGUUCAGCAUGGGGGUGUUUUUAUUAAAAACGGGCGCUUCGAUACCGCUGCAUGAUCAUCCGGGAAUGCACGGCAUGCUGAAAGUGAUUUACGGCAAGGUGCGAAUCAGCUGUUUCGACAGGUUGGAUAAACCUCGAGAUGGUGCCAGCGGCGUGCAGUUCACCCCUCCGCUCAUGCCCUUCCAGAGCAGCUCGCUUCGGCCCUCGGUGCUGAGGUCGGUGGGGGAAUACACGGAGGAGAACGGCCCAUGUGUGCUGUCACCCCAAAAGGACAAUAUCCACCAGAUAGACGCUGUUGACGGAGCCACCGCUUUCCUUGACAUCUUAUCACCGCCAUAUGAUCCGGAUGAAGGGAGAGACUGCCAUUAUUAUAAAGUUUUGCAUGCCCGUUCAGAGGCUGUAGAUAGAAAGAGUGAAGCCCAGGAACAGGGUGACCUGUGGCUUAUGGAAAUCCCACAGCCUAGUGAAUUCUGGUGUGGUGGUGAACCUUACCCAGGGCCUCAAGUGUCCCUCUGAAGGAUCUGACUAUAAACUGGGUUCUGUUAAUCACAGCCUUACGCGAAUCAAGAGAUCCCAUGUUCUUUUCCUUACAUGUCAGACUGGCUAGCUUAUCAAGAGUACAGUGGUUUAUUUUAGGGUGACCGUACCUGCCAUUUUUCCAGGACGCGUCCUGGCCAGGAUUUCUAUAUUGCCUCAAAUAU